AUGAGAAGAGCUCAAGAUUACUCCGAUGACGGCGAGGAUCGGACGCCUCCACAGAGACAGGAGUCAAAUCCCGGUGUUUCUGGCAGCUUCAGUCGUCCCAAAUCCGCAUCAUUCGCAGGUAACCCUUCACCGGACAUUACGCCAGCUUUCGACUCGAUGAACGCCCCAAUACGGGCUCAACAACGUCCACACUCGAUAAUCCUACCUUCGCCUUCUUCCUUCAACUUUCACAUCUCCCAAAGCCUGCCUUCAAUAUCACCACCAGCGAUGCCGCAAACAUUAGGACCAAGUCCGAGCUUACACGACCUCCAACAGCAAAUCAGCCUCAAAACUUCGGAAUUGCGUACCCUACAGCGCGAAUACGGUACUCUGCUCCAGAGCCUCGAAAGACAAAAGACGACAUGCGCCACGCUCGAAAGAAAGCUCGAAAUCAACGACGGAGAGGUCAUCCAUCUCAUGGAUGAGAAGGACAGGCUGUCAGCACAAGUUUCGACAAUGGAAGGUCAAAUGGAAGAGCUACAGCAGAGUAGGGAUGAGGCUCGGCAGCAGCUCAUCGCUAAUGGCGCACAAUAUAUGCAAAUCAUGGACAUGGCAAACCGGCUCCAGGCACAAAGCACCGAAGAAAAGAGGGCAUGGGAAGCUGAGAAAGCCGGGCUCGAGCAACGCAUACGUUUACUGGAAGAAGCUAUGGUAGCUGGAACUGAGACGUCGGUGUCAAUAUCAGACAAGGAACAACAACCUGGCAUCACUCCAGAUCCAUCGCCCGUCGACUUUACACACAAUACCAACAUUUCGGUCUCCUCCCAGAGAGAGACUAUUAUCGUCCUCCGUGCUGAGAUCAGUCGUCUUCGCGCUAGAACCCAGGCACUUGAAGCGGCUGUGCAGACUAUGCGGAGCGAAAGUCUCUCUAUCCAGGAAGCAGCAAGGCAGAUACUGGAGUCCAGUAGGAAGAUGGACGAGACUUCAAUCGGAGUAGAAGGUGGUCAAAGAUGA